AUGGCAUCUCCGACUGUAAAAGAGGCGUCCGUGUCUCAGUCCGACUUGCCUGCUGUUGACGAUACCAACCCCAAGGACCCAGCUAUUGUGACUCUUGUCGAGCCGGAGGAGACACCCGAAUAUCAAUCGGUGCUGUCGUCUCUUUUUUCGCGCCGCAGAAACUAUGACCCAGAUGCCAUUGCCACAGUCCGGAGUGUAUUUGACGAUCCAGUGCUGCAGAAAUACUACAUACCGCAGCCAAAAUACGAGAACCUCCACCGAUUCGACAUUGAAGAAAGAUGGACGUACCGCGAGGAAGCUAGAGUGCGACGAAAGACUGACUGGUUAAUAUUACUAUGGAUACUGGUGAUGUUCUUUAGCUUGAAUCUGGACCGAGGGAACUUGGCCAAUGCAGCAGCCGGUAACUUGCUAGACGAUCUCAACCUGAGCACCGACGAUUACAACAACGCCCAGAACAUGUACCGCAUUGGAUUCCUCAUUGCCGAGAUCCCGUCACAGAUGGUUGGCAAGAGGUUAGGGCCUGAUCGAUGGAUUCCAGUUCAAAUUAUUAUUUGGAGUUUGGCAUCUGGCGGCCAAUUCUUCAUGCACAACCGGGCUGGGUUCUUUGCCUGCCGGUUCUUUAUCGGAUUGUUCAUGGGCGGAUUUAUCCCGGAUUCGAUUCUUUACUUGUCGUAUUUCUACACCAAGUCGGAAAUGCCCUUUCGACUGGCACUGUUCUGGUUCACAGAUUCGAUUUCUGGUGUGAUAGCGUCAUUUAUCGCCUAUGGCGUAUUGCACAUGGAGGGUGUGGCCGGACGUGAGGGUUGGCGAUGGCUUUUCCUGAUCGAAGCCCUUAUCAGUAUCGUCAUCGGUUUCCUCAGUUUCUUUUUUCUCGUGCCGGGCCCAACGCAGACAAAAACCCGGUGGAACCCCAAAGGGUAUUUCACGGAAAGGGAGGAAAAGAUCAUCGUCAAUCGAGUGCUACGUGACGAUCCUUCCAAGGGCGAUAUGCACAAUCGCCAGGCGUUAUCACUGAAGAUGCUGUGGCAAAGCUUAAAGGACUACGAUUUAUGGCCCAUCUAUCUCAUCGGCAUCCUGUUCGAGAUACCCACUGCACCGCCAAAGGCAUACCUUACUCUUUCUCUCAAGGGUAUUGGCUUUACUACAUUUCAAACAACGCUGCUUUCGAUACCUGUUACUGUGUUUGCAGCGAUCAAUCUGCUGAUUAUCACCGAGUUAACUGAACGAUUCCACCAGAUCUCACUAUUCGGUCUUUUCUCCCAGAUUUGGUCUCUCCCGCUUCUUAUUGUUCUGUAUACCUCGGCUGGGAAACUGUCGAAUUGGGGACUCUAUGCAGUCUCGUUUAUUCUGCUAGGCUGGCCAUCUCCGCAAGCCGCGCAAGUCGGCUGGUGUUCGCGGUUGAGUAACUCUGUUCGAACCCGGGCAGUGAGCGCUGCGCUGUUCAACAUUACCAUUCAGCUUUCCGGAAUCGCGUCUUCCAAUAUAUACCGCUCGGAUGAUAAGCCGAACUAUCGUCGCGGUAAUUCGCAGCUUAUUGCGAUAAAUGUGGCUGCUAUUGUCGUCUAUGUCCUAUCAAAGGCGUACUAUGUGGCAAGGAAUCAAUGGAAGAAGAAGCAGUGGGAUAGUAUGAAUUCACAAGAAAAGGCAACGUAUCUGGAGACGACGAAUGAUCUGGGGAACAAGCGGUUAGACUUUUUAUUUGAUAGCUGA